AUGUUUGGGAUUCAAGAUACUUUAGGAAGAGGACCAAUUCUGAAAGAUAAAUCUCUAGGUUCUGAAAUGGAUUCCGUCAGGUCCUGGGUCAGAAACGUUGGGGUUGUGGAUGCAAACGUAGCAGCACAAAGCGGAGUAGCUUUGUCCAGAGCUCACUUUGAAAAGCAGCCACCCUCCAACUUGAGGAAAUCCAAUUUCUUUCACUUUGUUCUGGCUCUCUACGACAGACAGGGGCAGCCCGUGGAAAUAGAGAGGACAGCUUUUGUGGACUUUGUAGAAAAUGAUAAAGAGCAAGGCAAUGAAAAGACAAACAACGGCACGCAUUACAAACUCCAACUCCUUUAUAGCAAUGGUGUCAGGACUGAACAGGAUCUGUAUGUUAGACUCAUCGAUUCAGUCACUAAGCAGCCCAUAACUUAUGAAGGACAGAACAAGAAUCCCGAAAUGUGCAGAGUUUUGCUUACCCAUGAAGUCAUGUGCAGUCGGUGCUGUGAGAAGAAAAGUUGUGGCAACAGAAAUGAGACUCCGUCUGACCCUGUGAUUAUUGACAGAUUCUUCUUAAAAUUUUUUCUCAAGUGCAAUCAGAAUUGCUUGAAAACAGCAGGAAACCCAAGAGAUAUGAGACGGUUCCAGGUUGUGCUAUCAACAACAGUGAAUGUUGAUGGGCAUGUACUGGCAGUGUCUGACAACAUGUUUGUUCACAACAACUCCAAGCAUGGACGGAGAGCAAGGAGACUUGACCCCUCAGAAGCCACACCGUGCAUCAAAGCAAUCAGCCCAAGUGAAGGCUGGACUACAGGGGGAGCAAUGGUGAUCAUUAUUGGAGACAACUUCUUUGAUGGGCUGCAAGUUGUGUUUGGAACCAUGCUUGUAUGGAGCGAGCUUAUCACGCCUCAUGCCAUUCGAGUUCAGACACCUCCACGUCACAUUCCUGGAGUGGUUGAAGUGACAUUAUCAUACAAAUCCAAACAGUUUUGCAAAGGUGCACCAGGCAGGUUUAUUUACACAGCUUUAAAUGAACCUACCAUAGAUUAUGGUUUCCAAAGACUGCAAAAGGUCAUCCCAAGACAUCCUGGUGACCCCGAAAGACUAGCUAAGGAAAUGCUCUUGAAACGAGCUGCUGACCUAGUUGAAGCACUGUAUGGAACGCCACAUAACAACCAGGACAUCAUUCUGAAACGAGCUGCAGACAUCGCAGAAGCUCUCUACAGUGUACCAAGGAAUCCCGCACAGAUCCCUGCACUGUCUAGCUCUCCCGCUCACAGCAGUAUGAUGGGAAUUAACUCCUACGGCAGCCAGUUAGGAGUCAGCAUUUCAGAGUCAACACAGGGGAACAACCAAGGUUAUAUUCGUAAUACAAGCAGCAUCUCACCCCGAGGUUACUCAUCCAGUUCCACACCUCAACAGUCCAAUUACAGCACUUCCAGCAAUAGUAUGAAUGGCUACAGCAACGUCCCCAUGUCAAACCUGGGCGUUCCAGGCUCACCUGGAUUCAUUAACGGCUCUCCAACAGGAUCCCCCUAUGGAUUAAUGUCUUCAAGUCCAACAGUUGGCUCCUCCAGCACUUCUUCCAUCCUUCCAUUCUCCUCUUCCGUCUUUCCUGCUGUCAAACAGAAGAGUGCCUUUGCUCCUGUCAUCAGACCCCAAGGGUCUCCUUCUCCUGCCUGCUCUAGUGGCAAUGGAAAUGGGUUUAGAGGUGUGGGGGGGCAUGCGGCACAUAAAUACGCUCCAAGUGUCCAUAAAAAAAGCCUUUAUAGGGCCUGA